AUGGACUUUGAUGGCCUUAUCGAGGUUAACUCUGCUCUGGGUACAGCCGCCGUGAUUGUGAUGAACAAGCAAGCUGAUGUUGUACGUUGUAUAGCGAGGCUGAUAGAGUUCUACAAGCACGAGUCAUGUGGCCAAUGUACUCCAUGUCGUGAGGGCUGCGGCUGGAUGAUGAAAAUAAUGAACCGAUUUGGUACGCUUGGCUUGGGUUCUCAUUUUCUGGAUAUCUACGAUUCGCCCCAUUGCAUAUUCAGUUUUUCUUAA